AUGACGAAGAAGAAGCGCAAUCACCCUGACGUCGAGGAGAUCCUUGCUCGGCCGUGGUGUUACUACUGCGAGCGCGACUUCGACGACCUCAAGAUUCUCAUCAACCAUCAGAAGGCCAAGCACUUCAAGUGCGAAAGAUGCGGCCGCAGACUGAGUACCGCAGGAGGCUUGAGCGUCCACAUGAGCCAGGUCCACAAAGAAACCCUCACCGCCGUCGACAACGCGCUGCCCAACCGGGCUGGCCUUGACAUCGAGAUCUUUGGCAUGGAAGGCAUUCCUGAAGAUGUGGCUGUCCAACACAACCAGAGAGUGCUCCAGCAAUUCCACGAGCAUCAAGCUCAACGUCAAGCUGCUUCCGGGACCGGUCCCGGCGGCGCUGGCGGUGGAGGCAAGAAGCCCAAGAUUGAAGACAAAAUGUCGCUCAAGGAGCGCCUGGCGGCUCACAAGGCAGCAAAAGCUGCUGCCCAAGACGGUGAUGGCUCAACGAGUGGAGGCAACACCCCUGUGGCCAGCAUAACCACACCGGCGCCUGGUACAUUCGUAAGUUCCCCAUUCUCUGCGCCGAGCAAAACAUUGCUGACCGUCAUUUCACAGUCUGGCCCGUCAUACCAGCAACCUUACAACGCACCUCCAACUAAUGGCGCCUAUAAUCAGCCACCUGCGUAUUCUCCUGCACAAGCAACAGCGCCUGGAUACCCUCCGCCACCACAGCCUGCAUAUGGCCAGUCUCCUGUAUCGUAUGCACAACCCCCCAGUCACCAGCCGUAUCCUCAAGCUCAGCCCUAUGCUCAGCCUCCACCACCGAACUUUCAGCAGCCGCCGCCAAGUUCGUAUCCGCCUCAACCUGCCUUUUCACCACCACCAUAUCAAGGUCAGUCCCCAUAUCCCGGUCAACAGUACCAACAGAACGGUACGAGUCCGUAUCCUGGCCAGCAGCGAUCCUUUUCUGGGUCGCCUGCUCCUCCAGUGAAUCAACAUGCAUCGCCGACGACGGCGCCAAGCCAUUUCCCAAAGCCAGUUCAUACCGGAACUGUAAGUCUGCCUACUGCCCCAGGUCUACCACAGCGCCCUGCAGUUGGUGCCCCGCCAGUCAGUGGCUAUCUUUUCCAACAGAUGCAUCAAGGUGCGAUCCCUGCUCCACACAAUCACAAUGCGCAGUACCAGAAACAAGAAGCCGCCCCAGGCGCGGCCCCGAGCACUGCCUCUCCAGCUGAGAUUCCCAAUCCUUCUGCCAUCGACGACCUGAUCUCUAGCGUUACUGGGAAAGACGGUUCAGCUACUCAUUCGCCCGCCCCUGCCACUUCGAACGAGGUCGUUCCAGCUCCUGCUGCAGUCAAGGAAAAGCCCGCCGAAGAGAAGAAGGACAAGGAAAAGUCAAAAGCUACCAGGUUGGUGUAUCAAGACGCUGAACUCAGCAUGGAGGAGAAACUGGCUUCACUUUCCAGGUUCGCUUUCACAGCUCCGCUUGAGCAAGCCCCAGCUGCCGCCGCCUGA